AUGGCCUCGCUCAAGCGUACCGCUACAACCGACCGUGACAUCUCCCCUCCACCCAGCAAGCGGAAAGCAGUGGGAACAACCAACUCGGCCGUCGCCAACUUCUUCAAGCCCGCCUCGCAGAAGGAACCCGAGAAGAUCGUCUUUCAUGUCCUCCACGAUACCUUACUGGUGGGACGCUACGAGAAUGCCCACACCGCAACGCGUCCCAAGCCGGUGAAGAUAGCAGCCUUCGACUUCGACGGCACCCUCAUCAAGACCAAAUCCGGCAACUCGUUCGCGCGUGGAGCCGAUGACUGGCAGUGGUGGGACGCGAGCGUACCUGCCAAGAUCAAACAGCUCAGCGCAGAAGGCUAUGCAGUCAUUGUCGUGAGCAACCAAAACGGCAUCUCCCUCAAAUCAGACAAAAGAAGCGACACCAAGAGCCUCAGCAACUUCAAACAGAAGAUUUCCGCGGUACUCAAGCACUUCGAUCUGCCAAUCACCGUGUACGCUGCUACUGGAGUCGACCACUACCGGAAGCCACGCACCGGCAUGUGGGAGCAGAUGCUCGCCGACUACGGUUUGGAGGGAGCCGCUGACGUGGAUCACGAAAAGAGCAUUUUCGUCGGCGACGCUGCAGGUCGCGAGGGUGACAAAGCGGCGAAGACUCGAAAGGAUCAUUCUUGCUCUGACCGCGAUUUCGCUGCGAAUGUGGGAAUCCCGUUCCAUACACCAGAGGAAUACUUCUUGGGCGAGGAAGUGAAACCCUUCGUACGGUCCUUUGACCCUAAAGCACAUCUGCAAGCCACACUGCGCUCGCGCACUGAUCCGAGCCCUGUCGCGUUUAGCAAGAAGAACGCAGUCGAGAUUGUGCUGUUCUGUGGAAGCCCCGGGUCCGGGAAAUCGACGUUCUUCUGGCAACACAUGCAACCUCUCGGAUACGAGCGAGUCAACCAGGACAUUCUCAAGACACGAGACAAAUGCAUCAAGAAAGCCACGGAACUCAUCCAAGGCGACACGAAAGCCGUGGUAGUCGACAACACCAACGCCGACGUGGAAACGCGCGCGGCGUGGAUCGGCCUCGCGGCGAAGCUCAAAGUACCGAUUCGUCUGGUCCUCUUCACCGCACCCGCCAAGCUCUGCGAGCACAACGAUACCGUGCGCGCCCUGUCGGAUGGCAGCAAGGUAAGUAAUAACACACCCUCAGUUCUCUCGCUUACACCCUGCAUCGGCAGCCACGCUGUGUACCUGUCCCGUUCCGUGGUAGCUGACCCAUCACAGUCGCAUCUCAACCCAGAGAAGCGCGCCCUCCUGCCGAAAAUGGCUUUCACGGGUUUCGCAAGCAGGUACCGCGAGCCCCAUCUCGAGGAGGGAUUCCAGGACAUCACCCAGGUUGAAUUCCUCUUUCGAGGAACAGAGGAGGAUAAGGCCCGUUGGGAGAAGUACUGGAUUACUUGA